AUGUACCGAGAUUAUGGUGAAUGCUGUUGUGCACCGUUAAUUGUACCAGCAUCUGAAUUUGUUCUUGGAACACAACAUCGUGCACGUCAACGAAUAAAAGCUCGACCUUGGUUAGUUGAUGAUUAUGAUAAAUGGAUUAGUCGAAUCAAUGUACCUGAAUCACCUUAUCGUUGUGUUUUAAUAUUCUGCGAUAACAGUGGUGCAGAUAUUAUACUCGGUGUACUGCCAUUCGCCAUGGAAUUUCUUAAUCGUGGAUGUAAAGUGAUAUUGGCAGCUAAUUCAAGUCCUGCUAUUAAUGAUAUAACUUAUCAAGAGCUUGAAUUGCUUUUACAUAUGAUAGCUGGCUUUGAACCAUUGAUAGCUGAUUCUCUUUCCAAUGGUAAACUUAUGCUGGCUGAAAACGGUCAGACUUCGCCCUGUCUAGACUUUCGUCUAAUUGCCAGCUCUUUGGUUCAGUUAACAGAACGUGAACAGGUGGAUUUGAUUGUAAUCGAGGGAAUGGGGCGAGCAAUUCAUUGUAAUCUGAAUGCAAAAUUUUCUGUUGAUACACUAAAGAUAGCAGUAAUUAAAAAUUCUUGGCUUGCUCGAAGACUAGGUGGUCAGUUGUAUAGUGUCAUUUUCAGGUUUGAAACGAUUUUUCAGAAGUAAUAAAAAAAAACAGCACAAUCUUUGUUAGUGAUCAAGAAUUAUCUAUUUUAAUCCAGUGACUGUGGCAACUACCUUUAAACAACUUUGCAUGAUGACUAUAGUAGUACUGUCACUACCUAAAUACCAUCUUUAUUUCUUAUACUUCCUUUUGUCUCUGCUUACCUUGGUAUGAGUUACCUUUUUGAGCAUUCCUAUAUACAAGGUUGGGAGUAAGAUUUGAGGAAUACGUCCUCAUAGCAUAGUUUGUAAAUUUAGGUUGUUUCCUAAACUUUCUACAAUUCAGGUUAUCUUACUGUUUGUUUUACAAGAUGCUACGUAAUUUAUUUUCAAUGAAUGGUUUGUUAUGCUGCACAUUACCAAUCUUAUUAUUGUUGUUGUCAGCAUUGGCGUCGUUGUCAUUGUCAUCACCAUCAUCGUUUAAAUUUCCUGUUUUGUAUACUUAGUGUGUGAUGCUGAUGCUAUACACUUCUCUAGAAUUUGAAAUCCCACUACACAUGACCAUCGACAUAUAUGUUAUCUUACAGACUUCGAGAUCAACAGUUGACAUGAUAGAGUUGAAUAUGUUGAACAUUUUGUAGACGGAUUAUAAAUCCUCACUGAUAUUUUACAAAUAUAGUUAUUUUUCAUUUAAACGUAUAGCUUGUUAGUUGUUUUCGUUUUGCAAUACUCACUUACUGAUAAUUUUAUUCUUUGACUUGCAUAUGAGAUAUGCGUAUGAUUUUUUACUGCUGGUUCUAGUCUUUUAGUGAUAUAAAGAUUUUUAUAAUCUGAAAAAUGAUGAUUUGGUUGUGUUUUUUCUUAGGGACUCUUUACUGAAUUUAUUUUGAUCAUUGUUUUUUUUUAUUACCGAAAAUAUAAAAUAAAUAUGUUUUUAUAUAAAUGAAAAGUUGAGCA